AAAGAAAAGGACCAAACGUAGAACAUAAAGAAAGGAUGGCGCUGAUAAAAAUCUACCAGAGAAAUUUUGUGUCUAACCACAGCACGGAGGAGAUUAUCUCUGAGUUUCCAUGUUUCAGACUGGCCAAAAUGCUCCUUUGGGAUAUUAGAGACCGUACCAACGUUGAUGUGGACCAAAAGAUUCUCUCUCAGCUCUCAGUAAUGGUACCUAAAGUCCUUCAAGUUUCACGGAGUCCCCUGAUGGAGAAGUUCAGGUGUGUGGUUGAUGACUGUGAAGAUGACAGACUGAUAAAAGGACUACAGUUGGAAGCAGCUAUUCUGCUCUUGCCUGCACUGUUUAAGGAGGACCCGGGGUUGCUGUUUGAAGUUGAGGGCCAUGCUCAGACCUGCCCUCCUGACACACCAACACCUAAAAUGGUGCUCAAAGGCUGCAGGGAGGGUCAUCCCAUGCAAUACGACCACAUUGUCGUCAUGUUGGAUGGCCAGUCCAUUACUGAGGAGAAUGAGGACAUCUCAAUGACACUGGGCCCCAUCCUAUGUAUAUAUUUUCUGUUUGGGAUCCAAUAUCCUAAAGGACUGAAAAAGACACUGACCGUCCUGGAGUGCGUUGUCUUAAAAAUGAAGGAUGCAGCCGGACUUCCUGUCACAAUUAAAAGAGUGUACAACUCAAUCUGUGCAUAGAGACUCUCUCUCUCUCUCUCUCUCUCUCUCUUUCUCUUUCUGGGGCCUAUUCCAAUUUCAAUUUUUUCCCUUCUAUUUUUUCUAACUCCU